CAACUUCUACAUUGGCUCAAAUCCUCUCUCCUCUACCACACACACCCAACACCACUGGCAGCACAGUUAUUCUUACAAUGGUAUCAAUACCACAUACACCUACCGAAGAAGAACAACAAGAUCAACUAAUUGUCCUUGAUGAAUUAAACAAGAUCUUAUUUGCAGUACAGCAAGCUAACGUCAACAUUCAAAAAACUAUUGACAUAAUGACUCAAGCUAAUGCUGCCAACACAACACCUAAUUCUAAUCAAUCUAAUGUUAUCAAGAGCAAUAUCACUUUAUUAAAAGGGAUUCUUGAUACAUUACUGUAAGUUUAUCUGAGAUUAACUAUGUGGUAUCGCCAACGCGUCCGCGAGACUUAAAAAAAAAAGAAAAAUAUAGUGAACAAAAUACACACUGUUAUUCUUAGAUACCAGCUAAAAUGAACCAUCAGGACUCUCAGAUAUUAGAAAAGUACCUGAAAGCUCAACUAGACAAGUUGAGAAACUCAGAUGAAGAAGUUGAAUCCGAAGAUGAGGAUGAAUUGCUUGCUCAGUUAGAGAAUGACGAUUCAAUAAUCACCAAAUAUCGUGAAUCAAGAAUCCAGCAAUUAUCCACACAAAUCAAAUCAAUAGACCACACUAUCAAAACCACCAAUCCCGAUGAUGUAGGAAAUAUUGUUGAAGUAGAAUCUGAAAAGAUACUCAUGGAUUUCAUAUUACAAUAUCCGUAUUCAAUUAUUCACUUUUAUCAACCAAAUUUCACUAAGUGUCAAAUUAUGAAUGAUAGAUUACAAUUAUUAGCUGAAAACUAUAUUAAUCUAAAAAUUUUCAAAAUCAAGGCAGAAAGAGCCCCAUUUUUAGUGGAUAAAUUACACAUACAAGUACUACCAUUUGUAAUAAUCUAUAAACAAGGGAAGGAAUUAGAUAGAUUGGUUGGGUUUGAAAAAUUAGGUAACGAUCCCAUGAGUUUUAGUUAUGAUUCUUUGGAACUUUAUUUGUACCGAUUGAGAGUUAUUGAAAGACACACAAUCAAUCGGGCCAUAAGGGGGAGAAAGAUCCAACAGGAAAGUGAUGAGUCUGACUUGGACAUAUAACGGUGGAAAAAUAUCCACAAUGCAUUGUUAAUCGAUAAAUAUCAUAUAACGGUACGCCAUAUCCCAUGCUCAAUCCAUAGUAGUUUAGAUCUUAGUGUAUAUAACGGAAUUAAUAAAUUAAGUCGCCCUACAAAGCACCAAUUUCCAAAACUUUCUCCAUUUCGACUUUCGUUUACCCUUUUCGCAUUCACAUAGAUUACCUGAAAUAAGCUCGCUUAAUUCAUCAUCGGAAUCUCUACCUGAAUUAAUUCGUUUAUUCUCCUGUUGUUGUUGUUCGGUACUGUAUAAUUGCCGCUGUUGUAACACACUAUCUCCUAACAUCAGCUGGUAAUUGGUGCGUAUUGAUGAUACGUGGAUGGAUUGUAAUAGAUAUGAAAUGAAUUCGGAAUUUAAUUUCUAGAGUUCAACCACUCUCAUAAUUGAAAAAGGAACAGUUCUAGUGCUGGUUAUAAAUAAUCGUAGACUUGAGAAAACCUCAUGAUGUUUUUUUGAAACUGCUUGGUUUUUU